UCUUCAGCCGUAGACCAGGAAGUAAAAUGGAUGUGUGCCCUGUCGGUGGUUGGCGCGCUGUGAUGAGGUAAAUGUUGGGAGCCGCACAUUGGAAGCAGUAAUGGAGGCGGCUGGAGAGUUGAAGUGGGAUAUUGAACCUUUCAAUGGUAGAAAUACUUUUUUCACCCGAGAGUCUUACGAAAAAUUUUCCCUGGGUCCCACUGCUUCAGAACUUUUACUUCUUUGUAACAAACCAGCAUCUGCAGAUCCUGAUCCUACACCUUCCAAGUCAGAGGCUCAAGAUGUUCAGUCUCCUGUUACUGAGAGUCCACCUUCUGUCGCUCCACCUCCUACAAAGAACUUUCCACCCUUUCCAGAACCUCGUGUACCAUACCCUCAUUACUCCUCACUCACUGCUUUGGAGCAGGAUACCUAUGUCAAACUGAUGAUUAAAUUCAUUAACCAGACAAAAAAUAAUAAUCUCAAUGUCUUGCAGAUGAAGGAAUACAACCACUAUGAGUUCUUGAAAUUAAAGGUGAGCAGUGAACAUAUGGAGUUCCAGAAAUUUCUCCAGAAUGCGGCACGCAGCUGUGCUGAGGAUUACAAUGUGCUUUGUGCAGAUGCCACAAGAUAUAACCAGGAAAUGAUAAAGUCCUGCCAAGCCUAUGUGAAAAAUUACCCUGAGCUCUACGCCGUCCAUGACAUGACAAGCAUCCUGGGAGGGAAGUUUAUUCCUGACUUGUCAAUGAAUCUGGAAAAGUGUCUUCUUAAAAUGGGAUCAGUAAACUUUGUGAAAGUCAAAUUUCCAACAGAUGAUAUUGUUCUUAAGUCGUCGUACAAAAAGUUAUCCCAAACAAUGUCCCCAGUGAGAAAGGCUGGGCGCCUGCAUAAGAGUGUGACCUCAGAUCCCAACAUUUCUAAACUGGUUUCAAAGUACUAUCCACAGGUUGUGCUUUCUAUGCAAGCUUUGUACACUCUGCUUAAUAAUCAUGGUCCUGUAUACGAUGAACAGUGGGAGAUUCCUGUUCGUGUGGAGACAAUUAAAGGCAUAGAUGACAAGCCCUCGAGAGUAGUGUAUUUGGAUUCUCCCCUCCCCAAGAAGGUGGUCAGCACAAGAGAAAAGAGCCAAAACUUUCAUGAGGUCAUUUUGGACCAGUUUAUGAUAAAGAAUACUCAAGUGGUUUUACGAGCUGUGUGUCUGGACAGGGGGGAGGAGGAAAGGCAUGCUGACAGAAUGUACGCAGAUAGAAAGUCUGCAUGUGACAGCAAGGAAGUAGAAUUUGAGAAUGAUGUAACAGAACUGGAAACUUUUGGAUCUAUGAAAGUGAAUAAGUCAGAUGCUGCAAAGUCCGAUGACCAUUCUCCAGAUUUUUUAUCGCAGCCCCCUUCCAACGUCCAGCUAGACAAGGGGAAAGCAGCUAUUAAGAACACACACCAAGUUAAGCUAGGUCUUAAUUCAGAAAGAAUUGAACAAGAAGAGAGCGUUUGUCAGGUGUCGGAUAUGUCUGAAACCAGCAGUAAAUCACAAAUCUUCCAGUCCUUUACCAGCAGUGAGUCUCACAGUGAUUCUGAUGAGGACAGACUUGUGAUUGAUGAUGACUGUAAUAAAAACAUUAAGAGGAGACCUCCUUCAGUGAGUGGGGGUACCACUUCCUCACCUGCACAAAUACUGCAACAGCCACCUAAAAAAAAAAAUAGGAAGAUUUCAAGUGACGUGGGCCCACUGGGGCAGAUUCUGAAGAUGCAAACACAGCUUCUGAAACCUGGGACAAAGAAGAUGGAGCACACAAGCACAGAGAAUGCAGGGAAGGUUGAACAGCUGCCUCAAAACCCAGUGCGCUGUCAGCCUGCAGUUUUGGUUUUUGAUUCAUCACAUGAGACUAAGAGAAAAGAAACCGCUGAUCGCUCAAGAGUUUUGCUGCCCAACGAUCUCUUGGCCUUAGAGGAGGAUGAGAGUGAGUACACAGUGCAAACAGAUGAGAACCUUGUAUACAAACUCUUCAGUCUGGAUGACAUCCUGCUGCUGCUUCAAAGCAGUGUUCAUACUAAUCUUACAGCAAGAAGCCGAAAUGCAGAAAAAGUGACUAAAAAGCAAACUCCUGUUUUUGUGCUCACCAAGAUGGAUUACCAGUAUUGUUAUGGGGUGGAGUCACUGACGGAGAGCGAGAGCUGCCGACUGUGGACUGAGAGCCUAGUACACUCUAGCUGUACGCUUUAUGUGGGUCACGUGGAUGCCUUUACUUCAAAGUUCUUCAUGUUAGAAGAAGUCGCUGUACAAAAACUAAAGGAAAAAGUCAGUACCUUCAAGCCAGCCAAUUGCUUCAAUAUUCUUCGACAUAUUUUAAAAUGGCUGAUUCCUCUACAGGAUGGGUCUUACCUCCUGAGCCAUACCUCUAAGGACUCCUCAGUGUGCCUCUAUAAAAGUAGCACUGAUAAAACAAGUGGAACAUAUAACCUGCAUGAAGCCCACAGUAACCUUCCUAAAGCACCUUCCUCCCUCUCUGUUCCCUGGGUGCCCGUGAAUCCCAAUCUAUUGUUGAGCUACCACAUCCAUCAUGGCCGUCCACCUUGCCACCUUCCCACCUGUUCCAACAAUGAACACCGGAAAUACUAAAAUGAAUCAGGCAAAAAACAACCCUUGCCCUGACAAAGGCUCAAACCUGCUCAAUUCCAAUCCGCCAAAAGCUAAACAAAUGCCAAAAAAGAAAGGGAGGAACAGGCUAUCAAGGUUAAAAGCCAAACAGAAAAAGUGGAAAGCAAAAGCUGCAUCCCAAGGGAAAACAUGAGCCUCAUAAAGGAAUGAAAGAAGUGCUGUGUCUGAGUUCUCCAGAUCAUUGCCUGCACUAUCAGUCUGUGCCCGCACACAGACAAAGAAGGGUUCCUCCAAGUUCCCAUGGAAGUGGUAAAUAAUGGUCCCACAAUAAUUGACUAGCCUGUAUACUGGCAGGACAGAGGAAUUUUAUGGAGCUGCUGAGGUUAUGUAGUUGAAAAGAACGAAAUCAUGGACUAAAGCAUUCAAGAAAAAGACAUUUCUAAACACAUUGAAUUGUUCUUCGAAGAAUAAAGUUUAUUUUUACUGUAAGAAUAAAUGGAAAUUUCUCGGUA